AUGCCGUGCUGUUAUCUUGUUCCACAUUAUAUCUCUAGGUCACUACCGGACAGUCCCCCAGACUCUGGGUCAGAGCCGUACUCCCCCCCUGAUGGGACCCUUCACCAUCAAGCCUUGGCUGAUCUGAAGUCGACCAUACCUGGCAGUUUACCCACCCUGCCUCAGUCCAUGUACCUCGGCCACAACAGGCUGGGGGGGAUGCCCACAAAGGCUCCCCCAGCCUACAUUGGGGAGUCCCAAAAACUCAACCACCUCCUCCAGGGCCAGCACCAGCAAGGUCAGAGGUUACCCAUGCAGUACCCCUCUGGUUUAUCUAUGGGUCAGCAGAUGACCUCUCUACAACAGAUUUCCCCACCCCUGUCCCACCCCAUCCUACCCACACACAUGGGAAGUUUGUCAAAUAUCGCCAGUCAGUCAACCAAGAAACGCAAAUAUUCCGAGUCACCAACAGGUACCCUGAACCCCAACAUGAUGCAUGGCAUGGGCAACGUCAUGAGCAUCAAACAGGAGCCUCCAGGUGCACAGUUCAGCAGUUACAUGGGGGAUUGUCCAGGUGGGGAUGAUGACCUGCCGCAGUAUGAUGUGGAUUCUAACGAUGCCUUCAUUGAAAGCACAUAUCAGGUCAUCAAGUGGCAGCCUUACUCCCAGGCCCAGUGGGUCAUCCUAACUGACGGAGACCUCAAGGAUUUACCUACACCACAGUACAGAGUAGAUGCAGAUAAAGGCUUCAACUUCUCUGUCCCAGAUGAAGCAUUUGUGUGCCAGAAAAAAAAUCAUUUCCAGGUCACCGUUCACAUGCGCCUGCAUGGCAAUGCUAAAUAUAUUCGUACCAUAGAUGGUGUGAAGAAAAUUGAGAGUUUCUUUCUUCAUUUUUAUGGUGUAAAGAUGGAAUCUCAGAACCAGAGUAUAAAAAUAGAACAGUCUCAGUCUGACAGAAGUAAAAAAUCUUUCCACCCAGUGAAGGUUGACCUCACAGCUGACCAGGAGACAAAGGUCACUGUGGGGCGUCUGCACUUCAGCGAGACCACGAGCAACAACAUGAGGAAGAAGGGGAAGCCCAACCCAGACCAGCGCUACUUUCUGCUUGUAGUCAGCCUGCACGCACAUACUGGUGAUAAGGAUUACAUGCUGGUUGGAAAUGUUUCAGAUAGAAUUAUUGUCAGGGCCUCCAACCCAGGUCAGUUUGACAGUGAUGUCGAUGUCAUGUGGCAGAAGGGCCAAACACAGGAAUCAGUGUUCCACAUGGGGAGGGUGGGGGUCAACACUGACCACCCAGACGAAAAUUUAACUGUCCAUGGCAACAUGAGACUGACAGGACACUUGACGCAGCCGUCUGAUAUGAGAGUCAAGAAAAAUGUGCAAGAGAUAAACCCUAAGAGUCAGCUUGAAAAUGUCUCCAAGCUGCGCAUCUACAAGUAUUCUUACAAGGACGAGUACGCCUCGCAGGUGGGGAUCCCCCGUGACAACCACGUGGAGACAGGCGUGCUGGCCCAGGAGAUCAAGGAAGUUAUCCCUGACGCUGUACAGGAAACUGGUGAUGUGGUGCUCUCUAAUGGGGAGACCAUUGAAAAUUUUUUAGUUGUGAAUAAAGACAGGAUAUUUAUGGAAAACGUGGGAGCCGUCAAAGAGCUUUGUAAGUUGACGGACAACUUGGAGGUGCGCAUCAAUCAGCUGGAGAAGAUGAACCAAAGGUUGGGGAAACUCAAACGUUUUGACAGUUUAAAAUCCACAGGCAGCACUCUCAGUUCUAGGUCAAACAUUAGCACCAUCAGUUCUACUCCAAGUCUUCAUCAAGAAUCAGGUCAUAGGUCAUCGUCCAGUAAGAGACAUCAUCACGAGCAUCACAGCAGCAGCAGCAGUCAUAGCAGUCAUCACAUGAUGGGCAGCAGCAAAUCUUCACUUGCCAGUUUGUUCUCCCAGCCAUUGAAAAAUAUCUGCAGCAACCGGUUCAGAUACAUCACCAUUAUAUGUUUGGUUUUCAUCAUGAUAUUUUGUGUUGUAGCCUUGGCGUGGCUGUACAUUCUGGAACGCCAAAAACCAGAUUCUUCAUCGGUUGUAGCCAACUUGCCCAACAUAGAUUCAUCAUCAACCCCAAGCCUAAUGGGUGCCAACAGCACCACAAUAAACACACCCACUGAAGUGGUUCAAGAAAUGUCAACUAUAUCAACGUCCACACAAUCAACAACAUUGCGGACAACGCCGGUCAUGAUAUCAAGCACUACCAGCAGAAUGACUCAGCCAGUUGUCCCCCCUUACCCAUCCUGCAUUGAAGGCUACUGUGAGAAGCUGUGCUGCCCCAGCCCACAUGAAGACCAGCCUGACACCACAGACCCACCCCAGGUCAUUAUUCAUGGAAAUGGUGGCUACGAGAACCCACCUUAUAUUUUAACAGGUGACCAAAGUGGGGAGAUGGUGCAGCAACCCACAGGUGAUGAGGAGGAGUCAUCUGUUAAUCAAUAUAUUAGUACUGCCAUACCCCAUGUGGCAACUAUCUUCAACCUACCUGGCAAGUCAGAAACCAUCAGCGACAAUGUUGUGGAAGGCUCCCCUAAGUACAAUGUAAUAACCCACCUAGGAGGAAAUGGCAAAUAUCGCAGGAGAAGAGGCGCUGAUGAUGCACCCAGACCAACCAUUCGUAUUGUAGAACUGGAUUAUGUCAUAGAUGAUGUAUUUUGCCUGGUAAAUGGUUGUCGGACAAAUAACUACUCGUACUAUGUUCCACUCAACGAAUCUUUUGGUUACGAUGAGAUCAAAUUGGAACUAUCUACACCCACCAUGAGCUACAUCGCUCUGUGCUCGUCCAGAUUUUUGUGGAGUUGCCCACCACCUGCCCAGCAGACCAAUGAAGUUGUAGGACAACUGGUGCAACAGACUCACCAAGCAUUUUGGUCUGUUAGGAUAGGCAACCACUAUAAAACUUAUCUGAAUUUUAGAGUUAUCCACUCUUUGCUGGGACAUUCAGUGUCUCCUGACCAAGCUUGUCAACUGCAGUCAAGUUCAGACUUUGUGGUCAUGAACUACACAAUACAAUUUCAAAGGCAGUGUUAGGUCAAAGGUCGUCUGUUGAGUUUUACCAUCUAAUUAUUAUUUUAAUGUACAGUAAUUAUUCAUUUAAUUGUGAUCACUUCUGAUAGUUUACAAUCUUAUUUUUACCAUGUUCAGUUUUAGCUUGACCAACUGGAAAAAAAAAAACUUCCAUUUUAUUUGACAGGCUGUGCCUAUUUUAUUUUUAUUAAGUUAUUUAUAAUUUCACAAAAAUUGAAUUUUAACAUUAAAACAAACAAGUUAUCAAAAUUAAACUUUGAAAUUAAAUUUUUCUUUAAAACAAAAAAAGUAUUAAAACAUACUUUGUUCCAUAUCCUGUAAGUAGUUUUUAAACACUUCAUUGAUAAAGAAACUAGACUAAGCUCAACAUGUAAUGAUAAGAUAACAAUACAUGUUUCAGCCAAAGGUUUUGUUGGAAUUAAUAUUUCACCUCAAUGAAAAUAAUGAACUAGUUUGUAUUGAAAGGUCUAAGUUGAGCUAGAAAAUGUAAACAACUUGCAACAGGUCAAAGAUAUUCAAAUAUAAAUGUGCCAAAUAACUAUAGAAGUCACUGUUUUAUGUCUUUGUACUUUCACCUGUUAAAUUUACUCUAAGAAUACACUCUAUGCUACAGUAAAAUUACUUAAUAUCAAUAAAUAUCCUCAUCUCAAGUUUCUAAAGUCAUUGAAGGCUCAAAAGAAAUACUGCAAUAUUUUGGUAAAUAUGAAAAUUUGACCAAGUUAAAUACAUGUUUAGAUGAGAUUUUUUUUCCAAGUUUUACUGUUUAUUCUGCUAGUCAGAAAAUAACAUUAAAACACAAUAAUUUUAAAUAGGCCUACUACAUUAAAACAGUAAAACAAAGAUAAUUAGCUGAUAAUUCAUUUAUUCAUCUUUUUAAUUUGAUAAAAACAUUUUCAUAACUUUUAUUUUCAAAUAUAUUACAUUCCAAACAUGUAUCAUAUUUUGCUUUGUGUUUCAUUUUGUUUAAGUGACUGUUAAAACAUAAAUUUUAGUAAUGAGUUCAGUUUGUAUUAGAUUUUAACAUGUAACAAAAUUUCAAAUACAAUAAUUAAAACAUUAUUUAUGGUUUAAAAUAUUUCCAAAAGUUUGUUUUUGUAAACCAUUAAUAAUGUAAUUAUUACCAUUACCGAUAUAAUUAUAAAAGAAACUGUAUACAUGUGCGUUGUUCACUAGUCAUUAAAAUAACCUUUGGAAUGUUUGAAUAGUUUGGAACAAAAUUAUAGGCCUAUAAUUAUUUGUAGAUCUUAUUUUAACAAAUCAAAAUGAUAUUUUAAACAUGUAAGGUGAUAAUUAUAUGUGAGUCUACAUCAAUGAAUCAGUUUGUAGGUAGAUAUGUUUUUGAGAUUUAAAAUUUAGUUUAAUUAAAUGCUUUUUUUUUUUAAAUCGGCUAGAAUAAUUUUCAUUGAUUAAACAUUAGAGCAGUGGUUCUAAACCUGAGUUUGAAUGAACCCCAGAGAUUUGGUGAGCCUGUCUCUAGGGAUCUUUGGAGGUUAAGACACACACCCAACUCAUAUGAUUCACGAUCAGAUUUUGUCAGAACUAUUAAGGAGGGUUCGGUUAAUGUGCAAAUGAAACUGGUGGGUCUAAAAAGUUUAAGAAUUACUGCAUUAGAAUAUUUAAACAUAUACUAUUAAAAUUUCCUUUAGUGAAGUAAUUGUCCAUGGAAAAGUUACCUCACAAACAGCUGAACUUUUUGCAAGUGUAAUUUUUAAAAUUAUCACCAUAGAAUAACAAUAACUGUAUAGUUGUUCUUUGUGUUAACUUUUUAUCAGUUAAAUGUUACAUUUGGGAUUUUGUAAUAUAGUUAGUUGUCAUAUCAUUGAAUAUUUCGUAUAUUUAUAAAACAUUCCUUCAAAAUGUACAUUCCAUUGUUUAUACCAUUCCCCCACUUUCAUCUAUUAUGUAACAAAUUAUUUCAAUUUUGUUCUAGAAAUGCGUUGAUUUAAUGUGUAAUUUUUCUUGUUAAGAAAGUAUGAUUAAAUGAAACAGCAGUAUAUGAAAGAUUAAAUGUAUAACAUCUUUUUUACAAAUCCUUUUUCUUAGCAAUACAGACAAGUUUUAAUUAGAAUCUCAAAAUUUCAGGUAUAAAUUUGUUAUUUUGCAUUUUUUAGUGAAUUUCUUUAAAUUAUCUAUUUGGAAUUACAGUCCUUUCAAUUACAACUAGUAAGUGAUUCAUAAUUGCAGUGAUGGUCUUAUUUGUUAAAUACUGUUUAAAAAAAACAUUUUCUUAUAAAUAUAUAGGCUACCUGUCUUUCUAUUUUAAAAUCACUACCAAAUUUUAAGAUGGUUAAGUUAGGAUCUAUAAUUGUCUCUACAAGAUUUAUAUCUUUAAAAUAAAGAUGUAUCACUCCGGUUUGUUUUCACCAGGGUUUCAUGUUUACGCCAUUGCUAUUUAUCACAAUACGUUAAUUAUGUUUACACAGAGUUAACGUACAUCUGUCACAGGCUCUUCUGCUUCAUUUGUAUGCAAUUCUCAUAAAAAAAGAGAUUUUUAUUAUCAGCUAUUAUAUUUUUAUAAUAAUUAUUUUUUACUGUUGUACAUUUUUCUUGAUUUGUUGAGCGAUUUUAAUUUGUUGAACAACUCAGCCCAGUAGGGCUGUGUACAAUUUUUGUCCUAUUUGUUGACUGUUAAGAUAUUAUAGUGAUGUAACCUUAACUAUGCAAGACCAAAAAAAAAAAAAAAACCACCAUUGAGUGCCUUCCCCUUAAUCAUAGUCAUGUACACUGUGGGUUGACACCAAAGUGUUGAGUAUUUUGUUUCCAAUGAAAUUCCAAAAGAAACAUUCCUUAAAAUGUUGUCUUUUUUUUUUUUUUUACAUAAUAAUGAGUUAUCUAUUAACAUUUUACAUCAGUUAUUCAUAUAAAGUCUGCUGAUUCUGUAAAGAUUUGUCUAAAAUUGGAUCUUUUUGUCAGUAUAAAUAAACAUGAGAACAAAUAAAUAAAGAACUAAAUUAAAUAAUUUGCUUUU